CGGCGGAAGGGGCGGGCAGUAGCGGCAGCGUGGUACCGCCAUGGGCCGCAAGAAGAAGAAGAAGGGUCCUGGCGGCCGUGAGGGGCGGCUGGUGGUGACUUUUGAUGAGGAGAGACGGAGGGAGUACCUGACCGGCUUCCACAAGCGGAAGGUGGAGCGGAGGAAAGCGGCGCUGGAGGAGAUCAAGCGAAAGCUGAAGGAGGAGCAGAGGAAGAUGAAGGAGGAGCGGCACCAGGAGUAUCUGAAGAUGCUGAGCGAGAGGGAGGAGGCGCUCGAUGAGGCUGAUGAACUGGAGCACUUGGUGACAUCACGGACAGAGUCUGUGAAUAUCGACCACCCAAACCAUAUUGUAACAGUGACCACCAUCAGUGACCUGGACCUCUCAGGAGCGCGCCAGCUGGGACUGACCACCCCUGUGGGAAAAAGUGAUGGAUCAGAGGAAGAAAAAGGGGAAGAGGUGGUGAACAAGCCUGUAAGACCAAUGCCCAAGAAGUCCAGAAACCCCUUCCUGUCUGAAAAGAUCUCUUCUCUUACUGCCACGCUGCACAUGCAUAGCAAGAAAAAGACGAAAGGAAAGCGACCCCAGCGUGGGCAGGGUCCACGCAAGAAAAUGCAGAAAUCCAGCACGGGGCGAACCACUAAGACUCAGCGACGGAGGCUGACGGGCAAAAUGGGCCGUGACCAAGAUUAACAGAGAGAACUAGUGCUUGGACCAGCAACUGGGACAACUCUCCACAUCUGGCCUGCUGCUCUUUGGGAUCUCUUCAUUGUGAGCAAGGACCUUGAUUUUGUUGCCCUCUGACCAACAGUGAGCCCAGUUCAGCCUUUCUCUCGCCUCCUGAGUGCUCACCAGGAGCACUAUAUGGUUUACCCAUUUAUUUCUGCAGGGAUCUCCAUCAAAGUGUCUGGGUGCCACGGAGUCUCUAAAAACUUUUGCUGGGGGUCAGAUUCUCUAUUUGGCGUAACCCUCCUGUCCUUGGGCCUCCCCUUCCGGAGCUGAUACUUGGCUUUACCAAAGGGGAGGAUCUGGGUUUGAGUGUGACAACCAUGCCGACAGGGCAGUUUAUGCAACUAGGAAGAGCUCUGCUUCCACUCGUGCGUCAGUGCCCAGGCAUUUCUGCCAUGCAGUAAAUCCUUUUUCCAUGGAGACAUGGCAUCAUCUUGUCUCAUGUGUUUCUUCUCCAGUGCCAUACCUGAAUGCAGGGGUAUUUUAUAUUAUUUUUUUUUUGGUACCUAUUGCAGGUGACAUUUGGUAACUUUGUGAAUAAAUCUUUGUGAAGUCAUUUUGCUAAGAUAAAAA